GUAACAGAACACCUUCGACGGUGGCGCAUCGUUCGCAGGAGACAGCAGCGGCGUGCUCCUUCACGGCAUCGCCUUUGUGCGAUUUCUCGCGCGCACUUAUCUGCUACGCGACGCCGGUGGCGGAUCCGUGUCCCGAUCCUGAAAAGCCGCUUGACAGGCAGUGUACAAAGCCAACUGCGGUGCAAUCUUGGGGGCCCGUAUUGGGUGUUUUCUUUGCGCACGCGCCGGGCUUCGGAGCACGUGAGCGCGCCAAGGUACAGUUUGCGCUGCGACCGCCAAGCGCCCAUCGGAUGCAAUGCGUGCAUGCUUCAACGGAGCGCUCCAAACAGCCUGCGUGCUCAUCCUUCUGUUAUCGACGCCGACGACUGUUCAAGGUGAUGGAAAACAGAGGCAGCACGCUAGAGUACAAGGCCCGGAUGAAUGGGACAUCAUAAAAGUAAAAUCCUGCAAUCCUGAACGCUGCAGAUACAUCUGCGCCAAGAUCAAAAAUUUCGACGAGGAAGGCGUUAAAGAUGCGCACUGCAAGGGUACCCAGUGUCUUUGCCAGUACAAAAAAGCGUGCAAUGUGUCGGACUGCUACCAAAAAUGCGCUCGCGAGAAAUUUGUGACACUGUCCACGAAAAACGCCUGCUUCACGAGAGAAUGCUUCUGCCUUUUCGAAGACCGAUGCGAGAAGCGCAGCUGCGUCGAAGGUUGCCCAGGGAGGCGCCGGCAGGACGAUGGCGUCAAGGGUGUCUGCAUCGGAAGCGGGUGCAGCUGCAAAUGGGCCUGAAAGCCCACGGUGGCUUGACAGCCAAGUACACAACGCUCGCGGCAGCACGGGUUAAAGUGCUUCCGCGUGCGUAAAAUGUUAAAAAAAAAGAAAACACUGUUUCUUUGAACGCUUAUCACAACAAAUCUCUUUCGUCGUCAAUAAAACUUCGGCAUCGUUAGGGCCCCCUAAAACGUC